AUGCAGUGGACGAAGGUGUUGGGGCUGGGGCUGGGGGCUGCUGCCCUCUUGGGGCUGGGGAUCAUCCUGGGCCACUUUGCCAUCCCCAAAAAAGCCAACUCACCGGCCCCCAGCAUCUCAGCCCCCCAGGACCUGGACCUGGAGAUCCUGGAGACCGUCAUGGGGCAGCUGGAUGCCCACAGGAUCCGGGAGAACCUCAGAGAACUCUCCAGGGAGCCACACCUGGCCUCCAGCCCUCGGGAUGAGGAUCUGGUGCAGCUGCUGCUACAGCGCUGGAAGGACCCAGAGUCAGGCCUGGACUCGGCCGAGGCCUUCACGUACGAGGUGCUGCUGUCCUUCCCUAGCCAGGAGCAGCCCAACGUCGUGGACAUUGUGGGCCCCACCGGGGACAUCAUCCACUCCUGCCACCGGACCGAGGAGAAUGUGACCGGGGAGCAAGGGGGGCCAGAUGUGAUACAACCCUAUGCCGCCUAUGCUCCUUCUGGAAACCCACAGGGCCUCCUCGUCUAUGCCAACCACGGCACGGAAGACGACUUUAAGGAGCUACAGACUCAGGGCAUCAAACUCGAAGGCACCAUCGCCCUGACUCGCUAUGGGGGUGUAGGGCGUGGGGACAAGGCUGUGAAUGCUGCCAAGCACGGGGUGGCCGGGGUGCUGGUGUACACAGACCCUGCCGACAUCAACGAUGGGCUGAGCUCACCCAGCGAAACCUUUCCCAACUCCUGGUACCUGCCCCCCUCAGGAGUGGAGCGAGGCUCCUACUACAAGUAUUUUGGGGACCCUCUGACUCCCUACCUUCCAGCCAUCCCCUCUUCCUUCCGCCUGGACCUUGCCAAUGUCUCCGGGUUUCCCCCAAUUCCUACACAGCCCAUUGGCUUCCAAGAUGCAAGAGACCUGCUCUGUAACCUCAACGGAACUUCGGCCCCAACCACCUGGCAGGGAGCACUGGGCUGCCACUACAGGCUGGGUCCCGGCUUCCGGCCUGAUGGAAACUUCUCAGCAGACAGUCAGGUGAAUGUGAGCGUCUACAACCGCCUGGAGCUGAGGAACUCUUCCAAUGUCCUGGGCAUCAUCCGCGGGGCUGUGGAGCCUGAUCGCUAUGUGCUAUAUGGGAACCACCGAGACAGCUGGGUGCACGGGGCCGUGGACCCCAGCAGUGGCACCGCCGUCCUCCUGGAGCUCUCCCGUGUCCUGGGGACCCUGCUGAAGAAGGGCACCUGGCGUCCUCGCAGAUCAAUCGUGUUUGCGAGCUGGGGGGCUGAGGAGUUCGGGCUCAUCGGCUCCACGGAAUUCACAGAAGAGUUUUUCAACAAGCUGCAGGAGCGCACUGUGGCCUACAUCAAUGUGGACAUCGCGGUGUUUGCCAACGCUACCCUUAGGGUGCAGGGGACACCCCCUGUCCAGAGUGUCGUCUUCUCUGCAACCAAAGAGAUCCGCUCACCAGGCCCUGGCGACCUGAGCAUCUACGACAACUGGAUCCGGUACUUCAAUCGUAGCAGCCCAGUGUACGGCCUGGUCCCCAGCUUGGGUUCUCUGGGUGCUGGCAGCGACUAUGCACCCUUCAUUCACUUCCUGGGCAUCUCCUCCAUGGACAUCGCCUACACAUAUGACCGGAGCAAGACUUCAGCCAGGAUCUACCCCACCUACCACACAGCCUUUGACACCUUUGACUAUGUGGACAAGUUUUUGGACCCAGGCUUCAGCAGCCAUCAGGCUGUGGCCCGGACAGCGGGGAGUAUUAUUCUCCGGCUCAGUGACAGCUUCUUCCUGCCCCUCAAAGUCAGUGACUACAGUGAGACACUCCGCAGCUUCCUGCAGGCAGCCCAGCAAGACCUCGGGGCCCUGCUGGAGCAGCACAGCAUCAGCCUGGGGCCUCUGGUGACUGCCGUGGAGAAAUUUGAGGCAGAAGCUGCAGCCUUGGGCCAACGCAUAUCAAUGCUGCAGAAGGGCAGCCCUGAUCCCCUGCAGGUCCGGAUGCUCAAUGACCAGUUGAUGCUCUUGGAACGGAGCUUUCUGAACCCUCGAGCCUUCCCAGAGGAACGCUACUACAGCCAUGUGCUCUGGGCAGCUCGCACAGGCUCCGUAGCCACAUUCCCCGGCCUAUCCAAUGCCUGCGCCAGGGCCAAUGACACAGCCUCUGGAUCUGAAGCUUGGGCUGAGGUGCAGAGACAGCUCAGCAUUGUGGUGACAGCCCUGGAGGGUGCGGCAGCCACCCUGAGGCCUGUGGCUGACCUCUGACCUCAGCCCUCUUCCUUCUGCCUGUGGCGGACCUCUGACCCCAGCCCUCUUCCUUCUGCCUGUGGCGGACCUCUGACCCCAGCCCUCUUCCUCUGCCUGUGGCGGACCUCUGACCCCAGCCCUCUUCCUCUGCCUGUGGCGGACCUCUGACCCCAGCCCUCUUCCUUCUGCCUGUGGCUGACCUCUGACCCCAGCCCUCUUCCUUCUGCCUGUGGCUGACCUCUGACCCCAGCCCUCUUCCUUCUGCCUGUGGCGGACCUCUGACCCCAGCCCUCUUCCUUCUGCCUGUGGCGGACCUCUGACCCCAGCCCUCUUUCUUCUGCCUGUGGCGGACCUCUGACCCCAGCCCUCUUCCUUCUGCCUGUGGCGGACCUCUGACCCCAGCCCUCUUUCUUCUGCCUGUGGCGGACCUCUGACCCCAGCCCUCUUCCUUCUGCCUGUGGCGGACCUCUGACCCCAGCCCUCUUCCUUCUGCCUGUGGCGGACCUCUGACCCCAGCCCUCUUUCUUCUGCCUGUGGCUGACCUCUGACCCCAGCCCUCUUUCUUCAGCCCUCCCUUUACCCCAACCCUCUCCUGCCUGCUUUCCUGAGAUGUCCUGGUCUUCCCUGGUGCCAGGAGAGGGCACUACCACAGGACCCUCUCAAGCUUCUCAGGCAAUAGCUUGAGGUCCGUGAGGGGAGUGGCACUCCCUAAUGCAACUCACCCUCAUCCUGGUGCUUAGGUGGCAGAGGGUGGGCAGCAGGGGACAGGGAUGGGAUGGCAAAACCACCAACUGCUCUUGGUGGUGGGUAGGUGAAGAUGGGAUGCAUAAUGCCAACCUCAGAUGCCAACUCAGAUCAUUAAGGCCAAGGACCAGUGGCGAAAGUGAGGCAUGGGGUGCCUUAGGCCUUGCCUGGUCUGCGUUCCUCUCCCUACAUGCUGUGUAUCCUAACUCCCUACAACAGCCCCUCAAAUAAACACAUCUAGUGACUGGUACCAACAAAA